UCCAUUGAGACCAUCCCCAACUGCGGAGUGCGCAGGUCGAUUGCCUUCGCUGACUGUUGGGACUUCACAUCUGUGUGGCAGCAGGGAAGAUGCGCGCCUUGUCUCGUGACAUUCGAUGAGUCAGAACCCACUGCUUAUCAAGCGUCCCUGCUCCAGACAAUCGCAUCAUUACGCUGUCCAAGACUAGUACCCGCAUGGCUAGAAACGAUUCUGCUUCUUGAGGAUCCUCAUAGUCAUUACAGCCUUAAGCCUGUGGCAAAGCUGCAUAGGAUACUAGGACAUCAGAAACACAAUCGUCCGCUCCUGGGCACUAUUUCCCCCAGCGUGCCAACUUGAAACCUAGCUAUUGUGAACAUGUCGCUGAAGGAAGCAUAUUCGCUCGCGCACACCGCGCAGUGUAGACUGCAGAUGGAAGUCAAUCGUCCAGAGCGGAAUCUUCGUUUCGUUGUCGGCCACUUGAUGCAUUAUGAGCAUCUACGUCUUCGCAUUGUCGAGAUUGAGCACGAUAUCAGCAAGAGUGAACGAGCUAGCGCAGUCGCCUUCCACGGCACCGGGCACGUUGCGGACCACAGGCUUCAGCAUAAGCCGUCAACCGGCCAGCUAGGCGGAAAGAAAUCGCCACCUCCACCAGCAGCUGAUUUUGAAGACGAGGAUGAUGAUGAGGAGGACGAUGACGACGACGAUCACGAAUUUGAUGAUGAGGUCGAGGGCAUUGAGGAAGAUCUUGGCCUCACACGCUUUCCAUCAGCCACCGCAAACCCACCAAGAGCGCCGCCCGAUUUGGUCCCGGACUACGCUGACGACGAGGAUGAAGAUGAAGACGAGCCUACCUCGCCCGAGGAGCCCGAUCGGGCAACUCUAGAGCACGCAAUGAAGGGCGAGAGUAACGAGAACCUGGCAAAGUACUACGCGUCCACGCGCAGUUGUCCUUGUCACGGCAAGACUGAUGCGCCCGCAUUGGGCAGAGUAUGGGAGCUUCCAAAGAGUGAGAAGCGUCCUCAUAGGGAAGGAGUGACGAUCGCCGUGGCGGAGGUGCAAGCCUAAGUAAUUCGAGGGAAUGGGCGGGCGCCGAGCACAGCAAUUGCAUGUGUUUGUAUCUACUCCAGCGUUAUCGCCGAAUUUAAGCAGUCCGUUACAUCGCUUGUAUAUGCUAAAUGCAGCCCAAGAUCCGAGAGCGUGCCAGCACGGAUGGUAUUGAGAUACUGUUGCCUCCACUUAAGCGAUGAGGGCUUUAACCCAACACAUAAUCAACGAGCAAAAUGGCAGAACUUCCACCCUAGUGACUUAUUGACUCACACAUGACCACUGUUGUACUGUGGGG